AUGAGUUAUCAGGAUCUAGACCUGGAGCGUUCCUUUGCUCGGGUCGGGGAGCUGAGCCUGAAGGAACCUUCUGGAACGGUGGUCAAGCUGAAGAGGGUGGUGAAGCAUCCAGACUUCAAAUAUCAGCGUCACACAGACAUGGUGUACAACGACAUCGCCCUGGUGCAGCUGCAGGAGGCCGUGCCCUUCUCCGACACAGUGGCGCCCGUGGUUCUGCCCAGCCCCCGAGAGGUCUUCAGUGCCAACGCUGAGUGCUGGGUCACCGGCUGGGGCCACUUCACUUGGUACAGUGUGCUUGUGGGCGGGGCCGCUCUUGAUCAGCUGAGGAGCUACACCGGCGCACUGCUAGAUUGGAGAGGAGGGGACCAGAAGGAGGCAACACGUUACAGAAGAGUGAAUAAAAGAACGAGGGAGAGAGAGAGAGCGAGAGAGAGAGAGAGAGAAGUGGAAACGUCCUGUCCUGUAAAGGUAAUAAAAGAACGAGAGAGAGAGAGAGAGAGGGAGAGAGAGAGAAGUGGAAACGUCCCGUCCUGUAAAGGUAUCACAAAGAGGAACUUGGAGCCCUGCGGAGCGAGGAGCAUUGCCAUGGCGACGGUGUCUGUCCCUCUGAGCGUGCUGCGCCUGCUGGAGGUGGCCCUGACCUGCGUGAGCUUCAGCCUGGUGGCGUCGGUGGGCCACUCUUCCUCCUCCUACUGGGCCUGGUGCAUGUUCAGCUGGUGCUUCUGCUGCUUCCUCACCCUCCUCAUCCUCGUGCUGGAGUUCGCCCGCCUCAGCGCGCGCCUGCCCAUCUCGUGGGACGACUUCACCACCUCCUUCGCCAUGCUGGCCGCCCUCAUGCUGCUGGCCGCCUCCAUCAUCUACCCCUCCGUGGUGUUCUCCUGCCCCGGCUGCGCCCGCCAGGUGGCCGCCAGCGUCACGUCCUGCCUGGCGUUCCUGGCGUACUGCGUGGAGGUGGGCGUGACCAGGGCGCAGCCGGGGCAGGUCAGCGGGUUCCUGUCCACGGUCCCGGGCCUGCUGAAGGUUCUGGAAGCAUUCGUGGCCUGCAUCAUCUUCAUCUCCCUGGAGCCGGCGCGCGUGUCGGCGUUCCCUGGGCUGCAGUGGUGCGUGGCGGUGUACGCUCUGGCCUUCAUCUUCUCCCUGCUCAUCAUCAUCCUCACCGUGGGCCGCCUGCUGGGCGCGUGCCCCUGCCCGCUGGAGCAGGUGCUGGUGGCCUUUAACGUGCUGGCCGUGCUCAUGUACGCCACUGCUGUUAUCGUCUGGCCCGUCUACGCCUUCCGGAACAAUCCGCGGCCCUCCAACUGCCGCCACUGCCCCUGGGACGGCCUGGUGGUGGUCUCCUUCAUGACGUGCGUCAACCUCCUCGCCUACAUUGUGGACACCGUCUACUCUGUCCGACUUGUGUUCUUCGUCACGCCAUCUUAGGACGUCCUCCAUCAUCUUCAUCAUCAUCAUCAUCAUCAUCACUGGCAUCACACACUAACCAUCUGAGACAGAACAAUGGGGCUUAAAUAUUGGAGACAAACCCAGACACGCCCAGAUGCCAGCUAAUACGGUUCAGAUCUGGAUUCCACCCAUGACUGCUGUUAGUUUGAUGCUAACAUGCUAGCUUUCAUUUACACCUGAUGCUAACACGCUAGCUUUCAUUAAUAUCUGAUGCUAACAUGCUAGCUUCCAUUAGCAUCUGAUGCUAACAUGCUAGCUUUCAUUAACAUCUGAUGCUAACAUGCUUGAUGGAGAUAAUUUCCAAACACUGUUAUUAAUAUAUUCCUUGUAUGA